AUGGAGCGUGACAUUCAAGCUAACAAAUUUUUAGAGUAUGGAGAAAGUAAAGGUCAUCUUUAUGGACUCUCUGUUAAGGCUGUUAAUAGAGUAAUUGAAAAUAACAAAGUCCCAGUGUUAGACCUUCAUCCUCAGGCCCUCAAAGUGAUUGGUUCUUCAGGCCUAAUGCCCUAUAUUAUUUAUAUUGCAUCACCUCGACUUGAUAGACUGCAAAUGACUAGACGUAUAACAUCUGAAAAACUCAAGAAGAAACUUCACACAUCAGUUUCUGCUAAAGGAUUGAAUAAAGAAGUUUGUCCAUUUACUGAAUCUGAACUACUUCAGCUUUAUCAUGCUAGUCAAGAGAUUCAAGCUGAGUAUGGUCAUUACUUUGAUUGGAUGAUAGUCAAUGAUGACUUACAAGUUGCUUCAGACUUGUUAAUAGAAGUAGCAAGGAGAAUAGAGGAAGAACCUCAAUGGAUUCCUGCUAGUUGGGUAGAAGAAGUGUAA